UCUUGCUUAUAAUGUGAUGUCUUCUUUCUUUUGUUUUCGCUAUCGCUUAAAAAAGCUUAAAUGGGGAGAGCAGAUAUCACCUUCCAUUCAGGUGGUUGACCUAAAGCUAAAGUUAAGUGGCAGUGCUACCAGGCAUGAAAUACUUAAGAGCACUGCUUCUCUGGGAUCUCUAUCCGUAAAUAAUGCUCAAAUCUUAUUUGAGACUUUGCUCCAGAACGAUAGGGAAAAUGCCUUAUAUUUUCUAAAAUUAAUUAAGGCGAAAUUUAGCCAUCUUAUUGAGUUUUGCUCAGUUCAAAUUCUACAACUGCGUUACAUGCUUAUAGAAGAAGAGGAGACUACCAGUUCGUUGCUUCUUUCCAUUGAAAACAAAUUAAGAGAGCAACUUUGUAGAGCCGACGGUUCUUUUCUACGUAAACUAAUCAAGGAGUUGUGGACUUACGGGAAAAAAGAAAUUGAAAGUGGCAAUCUUAAAAUUGGGCUGGCCGGCUUUAAAUGUAUUGCCGAAAUUUGUAAUAGCGAACUUUACAAGGAUUUAGCUGGAAAAGCUUAUCGUGCAAUAAGCCACUGUUUUCUUCAACUAAACGACUACGAAAAGGCAUUAGAUUACGCCCUCGCUGCAAAAAUUAAGGAUAGAACUUAUACGGAAAUUACGGAUUGCUUAUUAUAUAAAAUAUAUUUGGCUUUGGAUCGUAUUGAAGAAGCCGAAAAGUGUCUUCGAAGCGUCUUUUCUUCAACCCACAGCGAAAAAAAAAAUUAUUUGGCAUUGUGCGCGUAUUUUUCAUUUCAGAACCGCAAUCCUAUACUUACUGCUCUUGCUCUUGAAAAAAUUCUAGAUGGUUAUGUAGAAGCUUUGGAAGCCUGCGUUAUUUUAAGGUGCCUAGUGAGACUAGGACUCGGAAUACGUCCAAACGAAGAGAAUUGGAACUGCAAACUAGUAACUUUUUUUGAAAGAGCACACGAUAUUAUUCGAAAUAAUAAAAACGACCAAGAAGCUUGGACACACAAUACAUUGUGGUUUUGCGAAAAUUGUAUGAUUAUAUUAAGUACAGAGCUGAUAUUAUAUACAUGGAGUUAAAGACAGGGUGUAUUGUGGAACUAGGGUUUAACUUACUAUCCUUAAGAAAUUGCGUUUAACAUGUUAUCUUUAAUGUGAAAGCUUGGAAUCUGUCGCUCAGUUUGUGGGCAGAGGACCCCUCAAAAAACUCUACGCUGUGCUGCAAUCUUUUUAGACUAUUCAGAAAGUUAUAUGAAAUGUUAAGUAUAUCUGAGCAAAUCUCAAGUUCACUAAAGAAUAACUUAUUUUCAAGCUUCAAAUUUGAAUGCG